AUGAAGUUCGUCAAGAGUAUUUUUGKACACGUGCCAGAGAUAGAGAAGACACUAUUUCUGGCGGUAGUAGCAGUGAUGAAUCAGACUCUGACAGAACAAUUUGGAGAUCAACAUGAAACUGAAAAUCAAAAUCAAAAUAUUCCUGCCGAAGCUAUAGAGGAGAUUGAAGAGACUGAUGACAUGCAGAGUGAAAUCACUGAUUUUAUAGACUCCAGUUGUGGAUUGACAUUGAAAGAUUGUCAUUCCAACCUUUUAACCCCGAGUGAAAGCUGUUCUUUCCAGGGAACUGUGCACUAUUCGUACAACUAUGCUCAAAAGGUUCACAUUCCUUCCAAUCCCCAACAACCUGGACCGAUUUAUUUUAAAACUCCACGAAAAUGYGGCCUGUUUGGUAUAUGUUGCRAAGGAAURCCAAGACAAGUUAAUUAUCUCAUUGAUGAAUCAGUUGAUUCAGGCAAAGGAGCCAACACAGUUAUUAGCUAUGUUCAUGAUUUCUUUAAAUCACAYGGAGUURGGGARACAGAUGUUCAAAUUCAUGCUGAUAACUGUGGCGGGCAAAACAAAAAUAASUAUGUUAUUUGGUAUUAUUGUUGGAGAAUUCUGUGUGACCUGCAUCAGUCAAUAAUUUAUUCUUUCUUAAUUACAGGACACACUAAAUUUAGUCCUGAUUGAUGUUUUGGUUUGCUUAAGCAAUCAUUCAGGCGACGCUAUGUGUCCUCUCUUUUUGAUUUGCUAGAGGCAGUUGAUAAGUCUACUAAUACUGGGGAAAAACAGCAUCAAGGAGUUGUUUUCUGUCAAAAGCUCAUCAAUUCUCCUGAGAUAGAAUUCCAGUUAUUGAAAAACCUUUCAGUAAUACCGCCACACCAACUUCCAGAAAUGAUUACUCCCAAAGGCCUUGACAUGGACAGAAGGCGGUAUUUGCAUAAAGAAAUAAGACAAUUCUGUCGCACAGGGACAGAGGAUUUGGUAGCUCCUGCCCCAUAA